CAAGGUUCCUUUUCCUGUUUACAGCCUAAGAAGUAAUGUAAUUGCCACUGUAAAAAAAAAAAAAAAUGACGAUGAACAGCACAUGUGUUGAAGAACAGCACGACCUGGACCACUAUUUGUUCCCAGUGGUCUACAUAUUUGUGUUUAUAGUCAGCGUUCCAGCCAACAUCGGAUCUUUGUGUGUAUCCUUUCUGCAAGCAAAGAAGGAAAAUGAGCUAGGAAUUUACCUCUUCAGUCUGUCACUGUCAGACCUGCUGUAUGCCCUGACUCUGCCUCUCUGGAUAAAUUACACUUGGAAUAAAGACAACUGGACUUUCUCUCCCACCUUGUGCAAAGGAAGCGUUUUCUUCACCUACAUGAACUUUUACAGCAGCACAGCGUUCCUCACUUGCAUUGCCUUGGACCGCUAUUUAGCAGUUGUCUACCCUCUGAGGUUUUCUUUUCUGAGAACAAGAAGAUUUGCAUUUAUUACCAGCCUGUCUAUCUGGAUAUUGGAAUCCAUCUUUAACUCCAUCCUUCUGUGGAAAGAUGAAACGAGCGUUGAAUACUGUGAUGCGAACAAAUCUAAUUUCACUCUCUGCUAUGACAAAUACCCUCUGGAGAAAUGGCAGAUCAACCUCAACCUGUUCAGGACGUGCAUGGGCUAUGCCAUACCCUUGAUCACCAUCAUGAUCUGCAACCAUAAAGUCUACCAAGCUGUGCAGCACAACCAAGCCACGGAAAACAGCGAGAAGAGAAGGAUCAUAAAGUUGCUUGCUAGCAUCACGCUGACUUUCAUCUUAUGCUUUACCCCCUUCCACGUUAUGGUGCUCAUCCGCUGCAUUUUAGAGCGCAAUUUGAACUUCAGCGACGAGUCUGGAAAGCAGACAUUCACGGUGUACAGAAUCACAGUGGCGCUGACGAGUCUAAACUGCGUCGCCGAUCCAAUUCUGUACUGUUUUGUGACUGAAACAGGGAGAGCUGAUAUGUGGAACAUGUUGAAAUUGUGUACUAGGAAACACAAUAGAUACCAAGGACAAAAAAGGGACAUAUUUUCUGUGUCCUCAAGAGAUAUGAUAGAAUUAGAGAUUAUAGAAUAAAAGGUGGAGGCCAUUUAAGUUACAUGGUAUUAUAUAAUAAAAAUUAUAUUUUGGAAAAGAAAUCUGGCAUAGGAGAACCAAGUGUGAAUACUUUAGUCUACCCCAGUGGAAAUAUUUUUAGGGUACAUUGUACGACUCGUAUGUUGACUUUAUUAAGUAAAGUAUGGCAAUGUAUUGUCUUGUAUGUAUUCUAAUGAUUACACAUCAUUGAUUUACUGCCAAUUCUCUUUGUUAUAACCCUAAGAGUCGUGUAGGACUGUUAGUCUUUAAAUCAGUGGCCAUUCUAUCUGAUGAUUAUGAUUUUUUUUUGUCGUUGUACUGUCUUCGGAUUUUCAGUCUGUCUGCACCAGUUUUCUCAUCUGUAUACACCUAUCUUCAACAAAUGUAACUGCUAAAUACUCCUAAUCACAUUCAUUAACAAGUAUUUGAUGCCACUCCAUGCACCGGGAUUUUCCACUCAGUACUUACUGGGGUUCUAAAAGAAAUCUUCUCAUGAACUCCCAUGAAGUUUACAUACAUUUGGGGAUGUAGUCACAGAGUCACAUAUAGUAAAAGUAAAUGGAUUUUGUAUUUUGGUCU